CUUUCUCAUAGGCCUUCUUUGACACAGACACAAAGCUUUAAGGAGCUAUCAAAAAGCGCUCUCACGCAUCUGGUUUCUCUCCAGAACACUUGCUCUCCCUGUGCUCCAACUUUUUAGUUUCUUCUUGUUCUUUUCGUUUCGGUCAAAUUCUUGUUCUUGAUCUUCUUCCUCCUCGGCAUGUCCGACGACAAGAACAAUGACCCUUUUAACUACAAUCCCUUCUACACCCCCGACAACAUCGGAGUCGUCAGCCCCCCGGAGUUUCGAUUCUUUGACGACGAUAGCACUAAUCUCUCCAUGUUCACUCAUCAUCAACAAGCUCCGCACAACCCCCAAGCGCUCAACCCCAGUCCGUUCAUGAGCUUCACCGGCUGCUUACGCAGUUCGGUUGAUUACAACACCUUGUCGAGAGCCUUCGACCUGUCUUGCUCAUCGUCCGAGGUUAUCACGCCAAACCUAGACGAGGGAGGUUCCUCGAAAAAGUGUUCGAUCACUGAGCCGGCAGCCACGGCGAGCGAAAACGGCCCACUAUCUCCAAAUUCUUCGGUGUCUUCGUCUUCUAAAGAAGCGGCGGUCGAGGAAGAUGGAGAUAACAGCAAGAAAGAUGAGGAUGAUCCAAAGACCACGUGUAAUGAUGAUGAUGACAAAUCCAAAAAAGGGAAUAAGCCGAAAAAGAAAGAGAAGCGGCCAAGGGAACCACGUUUUGCCUUUUUAACAAAGAGCGAGAUCGAUCAUCUCGAAGAUGGAUACAGAUGGAGAAAGUAUGGACAAAAGGCGGUCAAGAAUAGCCCUUAUCCGAGGAGUUACUAUAGGUGCACCACUCAGAAAUGCACCGUGAAGAAGCGAGUGGAGAGAUCGUUCCAGGACCCAUCGAUCGUGAUCACAACAUAUGAAGGCCAGCACAACCACGAGUGCCCGGCGAACCUCCGUGGCAAUGCGGCCGCUGCCGCUGCUAUUUUGUCACCUUCAUUUUUUGCAUCGCCAUCAGCAAUUGGAACAACCUUUCCUCACAAUUUGUUGCUGCCUCAGUUUCUUCAGAUGAGGAAUCCGAGUCGAGCCAACUCCAGCAAUUCCAUGAUGUUCUAUCCCCAAACCCUAGCUCCACAGCAGCAACAAUUCCAGCCUCCUGACCAUGGUUUGCUUCAUGACAUGCUCAAUUCGGUCGUCCAGAAAAAGGAGCCGUGACUGGUUAAUCCAUUUUUAUUGCUGUAAGUCGUUAUGGUAUCCGAACCGUAGAUAGGUCAUGGCGUAUUAUAUUUGUGAAACUCUUGUCAAGACCUGAUAUACAUAAACACAAAGCAUGAUUCAGUUAUCGUUUGUGGAAGAUCCCGAGUGCCUCUUGGCAUGCUUUAGCGGUUGAUGUGGCUGUGUCCAUCAAUUCUGAGAUUACUGGAAUUGCUAUGAGGAACAGUAUUUUCGGUUUUUUUCAAGUGAAGUGCGGGAACAACCCGUGCUGUACAAUUGAGAUGACAGUAGGAACUUGGACACAAAA